UAGCUAACUUGUCUCCUUUCAAAAGUCGCCUAGCUAACUAAAACUCUCCACUGCGUAUAUAUAUGUGUGCUAUCCAUACACUUCCCAUUACAAAAAAGUCACUUAUUUCUUUGCUCGGAAAUAAAAGAAAUGGGGAGCUUAGAAGUUGAGAGAAAGACAAUUGGAUGGGCUGCAAGAGACCCUUCUGGAGUUCUCUCACCUUACACUUACACUCUCAGAGACACAGCCCCUGAAGAUAUUUUCAUCAAGAUCACUUGCUGUGGGAUUUGCCAUACUGAUAUUCACCAGAUCAAGAAUGAUCUUGGAGCUUCCAAUUAUCCCAUGGUUCCAGGGCAUGAAGUGGUUGGUGAGGUGGUGGAGAUUGGGACAGAUGUAACAAGGUUCAAGGUAGGAGAUUGUGUUGGAGUUGGCACGAUAGUUGGAUGUUGUAAAAACUGCAGGCCGUGCAACGCUGAUGUUGAGCAGUACUGCAACAAGAAGAUCUGGUCCUACAACGAUGUCUACACCGAUGGCAAGCCCACCCAAGGAGGCUUCUCCAGCUCCAUGGUUGUCGAUCAAAAGUUUGCAGUGAAAAUUCCAGAUGGAAUGGCACCGGAACAGGCAGCACCUCUGUUAUGUGCAGGGGUGACAGUUUACAGUCCUCUGACUCACUUUGGUUUAAGUAAGAUUGCUGGACUUAAAGGGGGGAUUUUAGGGCUUGGAGGGGUCGGACACAUGGGGGUGAAGUUAGCGAAAGCCAUGGGACAUCAUGUGACUGUCAUAAGCUCGUCUGACAAGAAGAAAGAGGAGGCAAUGGAUCAUCUUGGUGCAGAUGCAUACCUUGUCAGCUCGGAUACUACUCAGAUGCAAGAAGCUGCUGAUUCGCUUGAUUAUAUCAUUGACACCGUGCCUGUUAAUCACCCACUCGAACCUUACCUCUCCUUGUUGAAACUUGAUGGGAAGUUGAUCUUGAUGGGGGUUAUCAAUACUCCUUUGCAGUUUAUCUCCCCCAUGGUUAUGCUUGGGAGGAAGGCCAUAACAGGGAGCUUCAUAGGGAGCAUCAAAGAAACAGAAGAAAUGCUUGCUUUCUGCAAUGAGAAGGAGAUAACUUCAUCAAUUGAAGUAGUGAAGAUGGAUUACAUAAACAAAGCCUUUGAGAGAUUGGAGAAAAACGACGUCAGAUAUCGGUUUGUUGUAGAUGUUUCGGGCAGCAAACUUGAUCAAGAAGAAUAAGAUCAGUCCAGACACAAGAUGCAGAUAAUGAUCUCAAAAACAUCAUGGCACUUGUGGUGAAUGCAGUUUUUUCCAUAUAUUUAAUUUGAUGAAUUAAGUCUAUUUGUGUUGUUUAUUCAUGGCUCAUGAGUUGAAAAAUACAAUAAUUUGAUGUUCUGGUGUGGUGGUUGUUUCUGAUGGUGAAGUUUUAACAAAAGACAUGAUAUUUUGAAAUGAUACAACUGUUGUAUUGAGUCUA